UUGCUUUGGAAGAAAUGAUUUGUUUUUUCCCUUUGAUUUUCUUGGACACUUCCUCUUCUUCAACAUCUCAUAUCCUCUCUUCCACCCUAAACCUCUUCAAAUUCUUUACUACUUUUCAUGCAUGAAACCAUCACCACUACUCCUCUAGGUUCUUGCUCAUCAUGAUCUCUCUUUCCUAUAUUAGUUAAUCUUGUCAAUAACCUCAAUCUUUCCAAAACAAAACAAAAAACUUGUACUAGCUUGUACAAAAAUGGCAGCUAAUUCCAUGAACAACUGGUUGGGAUUCUCCCUUUCACACCACCAAGAACACUCACAAAACUCCUCAGUUUGUGAUCAGUUAGGUGAGUUUAACUCUGAUGAAAUUUCUGCCACACAAGUCUCUGGUGAAUGCUUUGAUCUCUCUUCUCACUCAUCCAUUCCUUCUCUAAAUCUUCCUCCAGCCCCUUUUGCCAUUUUAGAAGCUCUCAACAGGAACCCUACUCAUUCUCAAGCAGGUUGGAAUAUGAAGGAUAUGAGCAUGAACUCCUUCUCAUGCAGCCAAAAUCAAGAAGAAACCCCCAAACUGGAAAAUUUUCUAGGAGUUGGAGGGCGAAAUUUCACUGAUCACAACCAAGAACAAAACGAGCUUCAAGCUGGCUGCAAUCCCAUCCGGGAUACUGGUUACAACAUUUACCAAGAAUCUGACACAAACAACAUGAGUAGUACUGGAGGAAUCAUCAAUGGGAUGAACAGUAGUACCAUGGGCCUGUCUAUGAUCAAGAACUGGCUGAGAAACAACCGGGCACCACCCCAGUCCACUGAUAACAAGGUCCGAGGUGAGGCGGAGCCGCCGCAGGCGGCGGUGCCACAGACCUUGUCACUUUCUAUGAGCACAGGCUCAUCAUCAGACAGCAAACUACAGGCUGCAGCUGAUAGUCAAAGUAGUGGUGGUGCAAUUGAGUCUGUGCCCCGGAAAUCUAUAGAUACAUUCGGACAAAGAACUUCUAUAUACCGUGGUGUAACAAGACAUAGAUGGACUGGGAGAUAUGAAGCACAUUUAUGGGAUAAUAGUUGCAGAAGAGAGGGACAAACCCGGAAAGGAAGGCAAGUUUACUUGGGAGGUUAUGACAAGGAAGAAAAGGCUGCUAGAGCUUAUGAUUUAGCAGCAUUGAAAUACUGGGGAACCACCACCACUACAAAUUUUCCUAUUAGCAACUAUGAGAAGGAAAUGGAGGAAAUGAAGAACAUGACAAGGCAGGAAUAUGUAGCAUCACUAAGAAGGAAGAGCAGUGGAUUCUCUCGUGGAGCAUCGAUUUAUCGAGGAGUUACAAGACAUCACCAGCAUGGAAGAUGGCAAGCGAGGAUAGGAAGAGUUGCAGGGAACAAAGACCUUUACUUGGGAACUUUCAGCACACAAGAGGAAGCAGCAGAAGCCUAUGACAUAGCAGCCAUCAAGUUUCGCGGCCUAAAUGCGGUGACCAACUUUGAGAUCAGUCGGUAUGAUGUGAAAAGCAUAAUGGAAAGUGCCACUCUGCCAAUUGGGGGAGCUGCAAAGCGCUUAAAGGAUGCUGAAAGCGCAGAAAUGGCUCUGGAAAUGCACCGGGCUAAUGAAGGAAACUUGAAUUUGCACCUAGCGGAGGAGCAGAUAAACAGCUAUAGCAAUCUUGCAUUCCAGCAAGCUCAGUCCUUAAACACGUACCCUUAUGCCCACCAAAGGCUGUGGUGCAAACAAGAGCAAGAUCCUGACGUUGGUAAUGAUGGAUUCAACUAUGUACACCGUCAAUUUCAAUUGGGAAGCACACAGAAUUUCUUGCCAUUGCACAGCCUCAUGAGCCUGGAUGCUUCUUCCAUGGAGCAAAACUCAGGUUCUAAUUCUCUUGUCUAUGGGAACAACGGGACGAACGGUAGCAGUAGCUUUAUGGUGCCGAUGAUGGAUGUUCAAGAUGGUAAUCAGAACCAUGAGAAUGGUAUUGUGGGGAACUAUCAUCGAGAGGAAAAGCCAGUUCUUGGAUAUGAAAGCAUGUUUGGAUCAGCAGAUGCUUAUCAGCAGGCAAGAAAUUUGUAUUAUCAACAACUAUCUCAGCAAUCAUCAUCCAUUAAUACUGGGAUAGGAAAGAUCGGGCUUUAUAACGAUCAAGGGUCGACUUGCAACAACAGCUGGAUUCCUACUGCUGUGCCAACUCUUGAAGCUAGGGGCAACAAAAUGGCUGUUUGUCAUGGGGCAUCGACUUUUACAGUGUGGAACAACACAUAAAUGUCAAGAAUGUUCAUGCGAUGCCACAGCGAAGAUCUACUUGUAUACAUGACUAACUUCUUUUAUUGUUUAAUUUUCUUGCAUCUUAAUUUGCUAGGAAGCACAAUUCCUUGGGGAGAUAGUCUGUUUUAAUUACGGUUGCUUUGUUGAUGUUGUUCAGAUAUAUAUAUAUAUUUCCUCUUUAGGUUUGGUGGCUUGCUGGAUGCAAAGCAAAUAUUAGGACAUAGCUGGAGUUCGUCAAUAGCCUUUGAGAACUUGGUACAAUCACUGGCUAUGAGUUUUUGGGAACUCUGGUUGGAAUUAUGUCCCCGAAAGUU